AUGACAGAAAUUGGAACAAUGAUCGAUACGACACAGUCAGGAACAGUGGCUCUCUUCUCGCCAGGCCAACACGGCCACUUGAUUCCCUAUCUUGCUGCCAUCCACGCCUCGUGCAUCACUCACGACCGAACCAUCGCGGAAUUCCUCCCGCCCCUGUCUCACGAAAAGCUUCUCGCAUGGUGGAAGGAGCGCAUCGCCGAAGUUGCAGACGGAAAACGCCUGAUCUUCAUUCUUCUCGAUGAGACAGAACCCGGACAUCGACCAAAGGGGUCUGAGGUUAAAGGCGUUGUUAUGCUCUCAAUGUCUUCGUCAGAAACGGGACCAUUCCGUGGCGUCGUGGAGAAGUUGCUCGUUCACAAGGGCUUUCGAAAUAGGGGAGGUGCCAGGACUUUGAUGUCCGCUCUCGAGACUGAAGCAACCAAGAGAGGCCGCACAAUUCUGCUUCUUGACACCGAGACCGGAAGUCCUGCAGAAGAGAUGUAUAAGAAGUUGGGUUAUAAUGAGCUUGGCAAGAUCCCUGAAUACGGUCUAAGUCCAAAUGGUGAACUCAAGGGCGGCACCUUCUUCUGGAAAAACCUGCCAUUGCAAUCAUAA